AUGAGGUGGAACUGGAUCAGACUCAUCCGACCCCUUCUCGAAGAUUUGGUUCUCAUCCUCUCCCCGCUGAAAGGGAAGCCCUUCUUACGGAGCUUUCGCCGAAGCCCCCGGGGUGGUGGUGGGGCGUUUGGGGGAGAAGCGGGCGGGCGUAAACUGAUCUUUCGGCGGCUGUCGGGUCAGCCAAUUCCGCAGGGCACUGGAAACACCCAGGGAAAAGCAGUGGGAGCGAGCCAGGAUCUAAAGCCUCUGACCCAGGCCCCCAGAUUCCGGCCGGGGAGAGCCGGGUCACCCGUCCACCCGUCCCAACGGUCUCCUGACAAAACCGGGGGUGGCGCGGUCUCGCGACUGGAGGCGAGGGAUUGGGAAGCGAUGGAGGGGAGGGAGGUGGUGUCAGAUUCCUCCCCGUCGACGCACCUGAAUGAGGCCAUUCACGUGCAGCGCCGGGAAACCCACCGCAGUGACAGAGGUCCAAGUGACGGCCAAACGGAGCUGGCCACCCCCGACCCAUCUGGUCACCUCGUCGCGCCCAAAUGUGGACGAGCGGCGAGUCACCUUUCCUCCCCGCACCGAGCGACCAAGACUGCUCCUCUCCCGGCUAAAAUCGCCAUCCACCCCCCUCCGCCACCCCCUCCGGCCUCUUCUUCGGACGGCGGCUUAAUCGUGGCGCCAGAGCUGGGGGCGAUCUGGGGAGGCGGCUUGGAAAUGGGGAAACGAUCUUUGAAACCCCAAGGAGGGGAGGCUGCCGUCGCGGUCUCUCGCUGCUCUUUCCGUCCAGAAAAGGGCGUCAACCCUUCCCCUCCUGGCCUGCCGGAAGAAAACCCAGCUUCCUCUCGGGGCGAGCCGCUCCCUUCGGCGGGAGAGAGGGCCGCUGCCCGAGGUCCCCCGGCCGCCCACCUCCACGGCGGCCCACGGGGCCGCCCUCCCCGUCCCCCGGCCAGCUCCCGGAGGGCCCGCGAGCUGCCUCCCCUCCGCCCGCGCUGCCGGCCCCCGAGGAAACGGUCCUCGCGGACCCGUUCCGUCGACGUCGGAACCGGGGAGGGAUCCGGGAGAGCCCGACGGGCCGAAACGUCCGCCGCCCGAGCCCGACGCGCGGCUCUGAAUCUCUGCCACGGAGAGGCGGUGGGCGGCCCCGCUCCCGGAGGGCCGGCGGAGGAGCCCCGGCGGGGAGGACGGCGCGCGGGGGCUCCCCGGGCCGGAGACCCGCCGAACCCGGCUCCCACUUGGCCCGACGGGUGA